AUGGAAAAUGGACAAUCUUUCAUAGAUUAUUUAAUAUGUAAAUACCCAGAAUUGGAUGCUAAAUUACUUUUGAAACUGUCUGUGUUUGAAAAAUCAGAUGAAUAUUUGAGGCUUCUACAUGAAUCCAUAAUUGUUGAAGAGACAGUAGCUACGCAUGAAGAUUACAACUAUCGAUAUCACUUGUUUGAGGCCAAUUCACAUGUUGAAUUAGUUGACUCUGUUAUUGCUCACUUAAUAAGAGAAAACUCGCUGAACACGCUUGUUAAUGGUUAUCACGAUCCAUCAUCAAAUUCAGUAUGGGGAUCCAAAAUUUUUAAUCCAUACGUUAGUUUCCAAGUUAAUUUUUUGAAGAAUGAGAGUUGGAACAGACUUUUCAACCGAAUUGGUAAAAUUAGGUUUUUGAAUUUAGUGUUGACUACUAAGUGUUUUAUUAAAAUAAGCGAUGUAAACUAUAUGCAAUUGUUUGGUCUUUUGCCCAGCUUCAAAUCGAAGAUUUCUGAGCUGCUCCUGAAAUCAAGAAUGUUAUACAAGAACCAGACUAAGGUUAUUAACUCCUUGAGGUUCUUUUCAGAUGAACCACUCGAUUUAAUAGAAGAUAUCGUUCCUCGGGAGACAUUCAAAUACAGAAGGAACCUUCCUAAAAAGUUCCGACCAUUGAAAAGGUUAUGUAACCAAAUUAUACAUAAUGAUUCAAAAUGUAACUAUUCUUCAAUCUAUAAGGAAAUAUGCACAAGUUUUCAGCCAAAGACAAUAAAAACAAACUUUGACUACGUAACCGAGAUUUCUGUGGUAAUAAGAUUUGUAUUAAUAGUUACUGGUAAAAUAUUUCCGUUAAAUACCUGGGGUACUCCUAAAAAUAAAUCAGAAGUUAUCAAAAAAAUAGUUAGAUUUAUAAAAGCAGGUAAAAAUGAUAAAUUCCUUAAGGACCAGCUCAUAUCUUCUAUUCAAUUAUCUCAUAUAUACUGGCUUGGGAAGACAUCAGAGAUAACGUCGAAGCAGGACUACAAAUUACGUGUAAGCCUAUUUUCAAGCUUCAUGGAAUGGUUUCUUUCAGUUUAUAUUUGUAAAUUAGUGGGGUCGUUUUGGUAUGUUACAGAAGUAUCACAUGGUAUAUUAAGUAAAGAUAUAUUACAUUAUCCGCAUAAUGAAUGGAAGCGAAUAACUAAUAAAUGGUUGAAUGACUAUGUUAAGAACUAUCUUGUUGAAACUACUGUUUCCGUGGAAUUUAACGAAACUAGUGCAUUUAAGAAAUACAAUAUUGGACGUUUGAGGCUACUUCCAAAAUCAAACGAUUUUAGAGCAUUAUGUAUUCCAAUAAAGCAAAUAAUUGGUUCAAAUAACUUGAACAAAAAGGAAAAAGAAACACAGAAAUUCCAAUAUUUAAAUCACAUGAAUAAUAACAUUAGACCAAUCCGUGAAUUACUUCUUCAAAAGGAAAGAGAUAAAUUAAGAUUAGACAAGAAGAGCCACCCAAGAUGCUUUUCAUUACGAGAUAUUGCACAUAACAUAUGUUUAUUCAAGCAUGAUCUUAUCAAUAAAUAUACACAUAUUCCGAAACUAUUUAUGUUGAAAUUUGAUAUGAAACACUGUUUUGACAACGUGAGCCAAGAUAGAAUAUUAAAAUCAGUUGAGGAGCUAUUUGCUGAAGAUAGCAGCGACAAGGUAUAUUAUAUUAGACAGUUUGUUGAGUCCUCAGUUUUUAAGCAGGAGCUCAAAAAACAGCGUUAUGUGAUCAAAAACGAAUCUAAUGUUCAGGAAUAUAAUAUUUUGGAAGGACAAUGUUCUAACUUUCAAUUUAAUAGAUCCCCAAAAAUCAUUGUGGAUAAGGCCAAAACCUUCCGAUUUAGAAAGUCGCAAGUUUUAGAAACCGUCAGAGAGCACGUUUUUCACUCAACCAUGGUUCUGCCAAAUAAUACUGAAAAAUAUUUUAGAAGGACAAAGGGAGUAUUCCAAGGUUUACCUCUUCUGGCAACACUUUGUAAUUUGGUUUAUAACUCGUUAGUCGACGAAAAUUUUCAAUUUUUAUUGAAUGAUAAUUCAGAUUCGAUUCUAUUAAGGUUAGUAGACGAUUUUCUAGUGAUUUCUACUGACAGAAGUCAAUGCCAAAAAGUAUACGAUAUAGUAUUGGGACAAGAGUUCCAGUCGAGUGGGGCCUUUGUAAAUACUAGCAAAACGUAUUGGGCCGAGACUACUAUGGACUUGGAAGAUAGUAUCAAGUUUGUGGGAUUAAAGAUUAACCCAUCCACAUUAGAAAUACUGCCGGAUGCUGAUUCUAAUAGUUCUUUUAUAUCACUUUCAAAGUAUAAAUCAUUUAAGUCCGUAUAUUUAUAUUUACAAUGGUGCUAUAAAGUGAGGCUAGCAGACCAUUUUAUAAAAUUGGAAUUAGUUUCUUUUAAGGCAGCACUAAAAAACAUUGCAAUUAUAUUGAACGCUAUUAUUGAAUCAUACUACGUUCAUUUUAAGGAAAUCUUAAUGCGACUGGGUGAAUUUGAUGAACAACCUUUUCAAGAAUUUCUAUUGAGUUUGCUCCAUAUGACGUUAAGAAAGUACCAGUUAGUUAAUCCUAACAAAGCUGGUAUGGAAGAAAUAAGUACUAUGUUUAGAAAGGUCAUAAUUUCAAAACUUUCUAAAAACUCGGUAUUUCAAAACACUAACUCGUGGCUUGAGAAUUCGAGAAUGCUUUAA